AUGCUGGCUCAUAAACAUUGUACCGUUGAUGAUGAUCUAAACCAAUACCAGGAUUUAGAACACUGUCAGCCUGCUCAGAAAGAAGCAGUCCAAGCAAUCACCGAGUUAUUUGCUGUUUCUGAAAAUAAACUAGAACAUUUGAUAAAUGGUAUCGAGCAAGAAAUGAAACGAGGAUUAACACAACAAGGUGAAAAUGAUCUCAAAAUGAUACCAUCCUUUAUCGCAGGUUAUCCAACAGGAAAUGAAAAAGGUACUUAUCUUGCCCUGGAAAUGAGUGGUGUUGAUAUCUAUGUCUGUCAAGUACGACUUAAAGGUGAAGACGGUAAACUGGCCAUUAACCAAUACCAAUAUAAAGUCCCGGAUCAUUUAACAGCAGGUGAUGAUAUCAGUAUUUUGAUUGAUUAUAUCGCAGAUUGCCUUGCCGACUUUCAACAACGUAUGGGAUCGAGUACAGACAGAAUGUAUCCUAUUGGUAUCAGUAUUGGGAUGGCGGUCAGACAAACAGGACUGAAUCGAGGUGUUUGUGUUGCCCUGGAGCAUGGGUUUGAAUAUCCAAAUGCCGUAGGAACCGAAAUUGUUGAUCUCUUUCAUCAACGAUUUCAUUUAAAAGGGCUGGCCGUACGUGUGGUUGCUAUAGCCAACGAUGCUGUAUGUACCUUGUUAGCCCAUGCUUAUCAACACCCUUCUACAAGAAUGGGCAUUGUUCAUAGUGUAGGUACAAAUUGUGCUUAUUAUGACAAAGUAAGCAACAUGAAGGCCUUUUUGGCCAAACACACAAUCCCUGCUGGUUCAGAUAUGAUUGUCAACACAGAAUGGUGUAACUUUAAGCGUUUGCCAGUCAAUAGAUUUGACCAAACACUCGACAAAGAAUCCAACAAUCAAGGCAUUCAUGCAUUUGAAAAGAUGUCCACAGGCAUGUAUCUCGGUGAACUUGUGCGCUUGGUCUUGAUGGAUCUUGUGGAGCAAUGCAUGCUUUCGUUUGAUGUUGAUGAUGAAGCAUGUCUUUUGAAAGUGCCUUAUCAGUUUGAUACAAGUUACAUUUUUGUAUGCGAAUCGGACGAUCAAGCAUUGGAAGAUACACGAACUGUAUUAGAAGAAAUGUGUAGAACAGGAUCCACUACAUUAGCAGACAGAGAGAUAGUAAAAAAAGUAUGUGAGAUUGUAGGCAGACGUGCUGCUGUGUUGCUUGGCGCAAGUAUGGCUGGUGUAGUACGCUACAUGGUCAAGGACGGUAUUGGUUUAGAUAACAAUGGGUUUGCUAUUGGUAAGUUGUAUGUAUUACGUUAUGAUUUAUGA